CCCGGGUUAGUUGUUUUUGUCCAACACGGGUGAGGAGGAGGAAGAGCUCUGCGCAUGGCAAGAUGGAAGCAGGGGAAGCCAGAUACAGGGCUGACACAAGAGGACGCAGAGAGCCAGGCACAAAGUUGUGACCACAGAACAGAGGGAGCCAGGCACAGAGCUGUGAUCAGAAAAUGAAGCCAGGCACAGAGCUGUGAUCAGAAAAUGAAGCCAGGCACAGAGCUGUGAUCAGAAAGCAGAGGGAGCCAGGCACAGAGCUGUGAGCAGAGAAAGCCAGGCACGGAGCUGUGAUCAGAAAGCAGAGGGAGCCAGGCACAGAGCUGUGAGCAGAGAAAGCCAGGCACGGAGCUGCGAUAAAAAACAGAGGGAGCCAGGCACAGAGCUGCGAUCAAAAAACAGAGGGAGCCAGGCACAGAGCUGCGAUCAGAAGGAGCCAGGCACAGAGCUGCGAUCGGAGGGAGCCAGGCACAGAGCUGCGAUCAGAGGGAGCCAGGCACAGAGCUGCGAUCAGAGGGAGCCAGGCACAGAGCUGCGAUCAGAGGGAGCCAGGCACAGAGCUGCGAUCAGAGGGAGCCAGGCACAGAGCUGCGAUCAGAGGGAGCCAGGCACAGAGCUACGGUCAGAGGAAGCCAGGCACAGAGCUACGGUCAGAGGAAGCCAAGCACAGAGCUGGGGUCAGAAAGCAGAAGGUGCCAGGCACAGAGCUGUGAUCAGAAAACGGAGGGAGCCAGGCACAGAGCUGUGAUCAGAAAACGGAGGGAGCCAGGCACAGAGCUGUCACACCCAGAGACUGUAAAUGGCACCUCUCCUGGAGCAUGAAAAUCAAAUCUUUCUGGAUCUAUUCCAUGAAGAUGGUCUUGUCAUCACUGCCCGGGGGCUCGGCAUUGACAGAAUCUUGCAGAACUUUUUGAAGCUUUACUGUGACCCAGGAAACCUUGUAUUGGUGUUGAAUACUAAUACAGCAGAGGAGGAAUAUUUUAUUGAACAGCUAAGGGCAGAAGAAGUUAGUCAAUUGCCCCGAAUCAUCAACAAUGAAGUGGGCAGUAAUGAGCGAUAUGAUGUGUACACACAGGGCGGUGUGUUAUUUGUUACUAGUCGUAUCCUUGUUGUGGAUUUUCUUACUGACAGGAUUCCUGCCAACCUAAUAACUGGUAUUCUUGUGUAUAAAGCACAUAAGAUCAUUCAGUCCUGCCAGGAAGCUUUCAUACUGCGUUUAUAUCGGCAGAAGAACAAGCAAGGCUUCAUCAAAGGCUUCACAGACAAUCCAUUAGCUUUCCACGCCGGAUUCUGCCAGGUGGAGCGAGUUAUGAGAAAUCUCUUCUUGAAAAAGCUCUACCUAUGGCCAAGGUUCCAUGUUUCAGUGAACUCAUUCCUGGAGAAACACAAGCCUGAAGUGGUAGAGCUACAUGUCUCUAUGACACCUGCAAUGCUUGCUAUUCAAGCCUCUAUACUAGAUAUAAUGAAUGCAUGCUUAAUGGAACUGAAACGCUACAAUCCUGCUCUAGAGGUGGAAGAUCUGAGUUUAGAAAAUGCGAUUGGAAGAGCUUUUGACAAGAUAAUUAGACAUUUUCUGGAUCCACUGUGGCAUCAGCUUGGGGCAAAAACCAAGUCAUUAGUUCAAGACUUAAAAAUUCUCCGCACUCUGCUCCAAUAUUUGGCCCAGUAUGACUGCGUGACAUUCCUAAAUCUACUAGAAUCUCUGAGAGCAAGUGAAAAGGCAUUUGGGCAGAAUUCAGGUUGGCUCUUCCUUGACUCCAGCACAUCCAUGUUUGUUCAUGCUCGUGCCAGGGUCUAUAAAGUUGCAGAUUCAAAAGCCAUUAAAAAGCCAAAGACUGCUGAAUCAAAUCCUAAGCAAGAUGGAAAGAAUGAGCUGGUUCUAGAGAGUAAUCCUAAAUGGGAAGCUCUCAGUGAAGUCCUGAAAGAGAUUGAAACUGAGAACAAGAACAGUGAGGCCCAGGGAGGACCAGGCCGCGUAUUGAUCUGUGCCAGUGAUGAUCGGACAUGCGCUCAGUUGAGAGAGUACAUUACUGUGGGGGCAGAGGCACUUUUAAUGAGGCUGUACAACAAAGCCUUCGGGAAGGAUGAAAAGGCAGUAGAAGUAUGGCUGAAAAACAGAAAAGCAGUCAAGAAAAAGGAAUCGGCUACAGGUGGGAAGGGCAUGCAAAGUAAGAACAUGAGAGAUGGCACAAGUAAACAGAAGAGAAACUGCAAGAACACGGAAUUAACUUUAACACAAAUGAUGGGGAAAGUGGAUGAUGAUGGCAUGACAAAGGAACAGGAAGAAGGCUUAUUCCAAGCGGAAAGCAUUAGCAUGGAAUGUAGCCUAGAAGAGCCAAAAUAUGAAGAUCUCCAGUUGAAUUUACCUUCAGACUCUUAUUAUGGCAUCUUAAAGGAACCCCUGACUGUCAUCCAUCCUUUACAAGGCUGCACUGACCCCUAUGCGCUGAUGAGGUUAUUGCAUGAAAUAGAGCCAAGAUAUGUCGUCCUGUAUGAUGCAGAGCUCAGCUUUGUUCGUCAGCUUGAAAUUUACAGAGCUAGCAAGCAGAAAACAUUAAGGGUUUAUUUUCUUAUCUAUGGAGGCUCUACAGAAGAACAGAGAUAUCUCACUUCCCUCAGGAAGGAAAAAGAAGCAUUUGAGAAACUUAUCAGAGAAAAGGCAAGCAUGGUCAUCCCAGAAGAAAGAGAAGGACGAGAUGACACAAACCUGGAUCUGCAGAGAGAUGUGACUACAGCCUCAGCUACUUCUGACACACGCAAAGCUGGCGGCCAGCAGAAAACCUUGCAGCAAAACAUCAUUGUUGACAUGCGGGAAUUUCGGAGUGAACUGCCAUCUCUGAUCCACAGACGCGGCAUUGAUAUAGAACCUGUCACAUUGGAAGUGGGGGAUUACAUUCUCACCCCAGAUAUAUGUGUAGAGAGAAAAAGUGUGAGUGAUCUUAUUGGAUCUCUCAAUAACGGGCGUCUCUAUACGCAGUGCGUUUCCAUGUGUCGUUACUACAAGCGGCCUAUUCUUUUAAUUGAAUUUGACCCUAAUAAGCCGUUUUCCCUCACAUCAAGAAGUUCAAUCCACCAGGAGAUUUCCGUGAAUGACAUCACAUCAAAACUCACCCUCCUCACGCUCCACUUUCCAAGACUGCGCAUCCUUUGGUGCCCUUCACCAUACUCCACUGCAGAACUCUUUGAGGAGUUGAAGCAGAACCGAGCACAGCCUGAUGCUGCAACUGCAAUGGGUAUAACCGCAGACUCUGAAACUAUCCCAGAAUCUGAGAAGUACAAUACAGGCCCUCAGGACUUCCUUCUGAAAAUGCCAGGGGUCAAUGCCAAGAACUGCAGAGCUAUAAUGAAUCAUGUAAAGAACAUAGCUGAACUGACAACACUGUCUUUGGAGAAACUGACUGAAAUUCUCGGCAACGCAAACACCGCGAAACAGCUUCAUGACUUCAUUCACGCAUCCUACACAGAAGCUGUUUCUCAUGGGAAAGCUAAACGUUAAUGUAAUAGCUUAUUUAAAUAUUUAAGAAAUACUUGAAUUUUACAUUUUUGGGUGAAAUUUAUAGUUUUUUUAAGAAAUAGAUGAUUUUUUCAGGCCUACGUGCAAAAAGAGCUUAAAACAAAGUAUACCUUAUCUAGCCGGCACCUAAUACAUGUAACAACUUUUAUUUUUCUGUAUCGCCAUUUUUUUUCCUUCUGACUGUGCGCUCCAAGUCAUUUGCUAAACCUAAGUCAGAUGGAUGAAGGACACACCCCUGCUGAGACAUUAAAUUCUGACAGUGGGACUUUCAGCUGUCGGAAUACACUGAUCAGCAGCUGACUUUUGUCAAACAGGGGCUGCCACUCCAUUAAUUUUAAAUUUGUCCGGUUCCUGAUGAACCAGCCAAAUUUUAGUCCAUUUGUCGCCAGCUUAAAGGGUGAUGCUUCUGUGCCUUAAAGUGGGCAUUUCCUUUAUGCACGUAGGGCAACGGAGAAAGGGCACUUAACCCCCAUCCUUCCCCAGCAGCAAAGUACUUUUCCUUUUGUCUUUCCAAUUCAACCUCCAUGACUGAGAUAAAAUAUCUGGUACUUCUGUGUAUAGGUAAGCACAUGGAAGCCAGAGGUACCUCAUAAUUGAUAUAGUGACAGGGAAGCAGUCCAUAGCCCUGUGUAAGCUUGACAAGUCUGGCGCUUACACAGGACUUUUUUCGGAGUCCUAGUAACCAAAUGGAACUACAUGAGGUAGAUGCUGCAAAUCUGCAUUAUUCAAUUCUGUUCUCUUCUCUUUUAUUUUAGCACACAUAUGGGAUUUUAAGCAUGUAUGAUUUAUAAUAUUGGCUAUAGAGGUUAAUGGGGUUUGAGGAUCGUACAACAUAAAGAAAUAUUGUGCUACUGCAACAUAUUCAAAAUGCUUAGUGGUUCUGUAGCAGCCAACGUGUACUAUUCAGUGCCUUUACUUGCCCAAUCCACUGCAGAACUUCUUUUAGAAUUGUCAUGGAUAUGUCAACAUAGAAAGACUGACCUGUGUUGUCUUGACCUUGUUUUGAUGUAGGAAAUUGCUAUCAGAUUCAGGAGGUUCUUAGGUGUUUCUUGAUGCAGCUUAUUGGUGCUUUUUCUUGCAAACUCCUACGCUGCUCCUUAUUAACCUUGGAGGAUCUCUUUCCGCAGCUGUUCAAAAUCGGUUCACAAAC